UGCAGCACAUCGCAUUAGUCCAAUCCGCCUUACCAUAUCAUGAUUCCUUAUUUCGACUACCAAUUUCGGGUCAUUAUUAUCGGAGACAGUAUGGUCGGAAAGUCAUCUUUCCUACGCACAUUCGUCGAAGGACGCUUUACCAACGUGUGUGAUCCUACCGUGGGAGUCGAUUUUUACUGUCGUACUGUGCGUGUACAAGAUGACAAGUACGUAAAGUUGCAGUUGUGGGACACAGCCGGACAAGAAAAAUUCCGCUCAAUCGCGAAAUCAUACUACCGAAAUUGUGUUGGUGCGUUCAUCCUGUUCGACUUAACCGAUCGGGAGACUUACGAACACGUCCCUGGUUGGUAUGAUGAAGCAGUUUGCUGCGUUCGUUCUCAGUGUCCUGUGUUCGUGAUCGUGGGCCACAAAGCGGACAAAGCAGAUGAGCGUCAGGUCACUCGAAUGGAAGCUGAGUGCCUAACUCAACGUCUUGGCGAUCACGUCUACAUAGAAACGUCCUCUGUCACUGGGCAGAAUAUUGAAAAAUCUUUCCGAGUGAUGGCCGAGUCGGUGUAUACCAACGUUAUUGCUGGCAAAUACGCUAUGUUGAGCUCUAUGAGUGACUGGGAUGGGGUGAAAGUGAACCCGAAUGCAACUCUGGCCGCGUCUAUCGCGAACCAAUCUCUACAAUUCGACCAGCCGCAUGCAGAGACUUCAGGUGGAUGUUGUUAGUCGAUUCCCCAAGAUUUUCACGCAGUCCACUGCGAUGACAACUGGAAGCCAAAGGUCGUGUUGUUUUCUGGGUGCGUUUUAUGCACAGUGAGGCAGUUUUGUACAGUUCUCGUACUUAACUCCUCCUCUAUCCGGGCAAUCCGUUGCGAAAUAGAUUUCCCAUACGCUUUCACACGAUUUAUCCCAGCCCUCUUUUUGUAUUUUAUUUGAGAAGCUCUAACCCGAUAUGAUAACUUGAUACUUUGAUUUGCCAUGUUUUUUUCUUUUCUGUUUUUAUUGUACUUCAUUUACCUUUUCGCAUUGCAGUACUCAACAAUAAUUUCCCCCCAUUCAUCAGUAGUCUCGUAAAGCCCAACUUUGUGACAUGGUUGUCUCACACGUUCCGUACAACAGUUCACACAUACCACGUAUCGUUUAAUUCCAGCACGUAUUGCAAUUUUACAGAUUACUUUUGCGGUUAUGCUUGGUGUCGCGUUUCAUCGUCUUAUCGGUUAUCUUCAUGGAGCCGUGUUCCCUCAAGAAGAAGCAAUAUUUGAUGAGGGUACAUAGC